CCAGGAUCAAGUUUCAAUGACAAACCAUAGGUUCCCGGUAUAAAGCUAUCAGUCCGGUCAACUCCCUGGCAGAGUGUACAGUGGUCGCACAAGCAUUGAGUAUCGAUGAAAUUAUUGUCUAAAUUAAAUUCGUAACCAGGCAUGGGGGACACAACAUCGAAGCAGGGCGAUUACCAAAUACUCGUGAAAACCUCGGACAGAAGAGGAGCAAGCACCGAUGCUAACAUAUAUAUUGCCUUGUUUAACAGUGAUGGACACCGAUCCAAAGAUUAUAAACUGGACACUAGGUUUCGCGAUGAUUUCGAAGAGGGCCAGCAGGAUAUGUUUCCAAUAAAUUUGAAAGACUUUGGAGAAAUAGUGAAAAUCGAAGUAUGGCGAGAUCGUCGUAUUAUUGGCAACCACGAUUGGUGCGUUGAAUGGAUCAUAAUUCGAGAUAAUGUAAGGGAGGACAUAUAUGAAUUCCCAAUUAACAGAUGGAUUACAGCUGGUGUAAGGAAAAGGUGGUCAAGAUACGAUACCUGUCUCCCUCAAAAUGAUUCAGAGUGCACUCAGAGAAAGAAAGAACUCGAAAUGAAGAGGUUGGAAUAUGUAUUUGAACAAAAAAUCACUGGUUUACCAGCACAGGUGAAAGUUCUACCAAAAGAUGAGUCAUUCACAACCGAUUACUUGAAAUUCCUUCUUGCAACAAAGUUGAAGAUGAAGAUGCAUACAGAACUUAUCAUGUUAACGACCAAACCGUUCGAAACACUAAGGGACGUUGAAAAUGUAUACAAGUAUAGUUUCCCUCCGCCAGUGGAUGUUGACGGAUGGCAUACCGAUGAGCAUUUCGGCAAUUUAGCAAUGAACGGUUGCAACCCCAACAUUAUUCGGCUGUGUACAGAAAUAUGA